AAUGUAAUUUCAUUAGAAAGAGCAAUGAAAAUUACAUUAUUAGUUUCAUUCCUUCUAUGCUACUCCUACUGCAUAUAUAUCACUCAAGCCUCUCCCAUUAAUUGUCUUGAAGACCAACAAUCUUUGUUGCUCCAAUUCAAAAACAAUCUCACAUUUGAUCCUAAAUAUUCCACCACACUGAAAUUGUGGAAUAAUAGCACUGCUUGCUGUUAUUGGAGAGGUGUUAGAUGUGACAAUGAGGGGCAUGUUAUUGCCCUUUACCUUAUAGAAGAAGAACUCAUCUCUGGUGGAUUUAACAAUUCAAGUAGCCUUUUUAGUCUCCAACAUCUCCAGGAACUGUACUUGUCUUAUACCAAUUUCAAUUCUUCCAUUCCAUCAGGAUUCAGUAAGUUGGAGAAGUUAAAAGAAUUAGAUCUUUCUAACUGUCAUUUUUAUGGAACACUUUCUAAUUCAAUGUCAAACCUCACACACCUUACCUACCUAGACCUUUCACAAAAUGAUUUGAGUGGUGCAAUUCCCAAUUCAAUGUCAAACCUCACGCGUCUUACCUACUUAGACCUUUCUCAUAAUGAUUUAAGUGGUGCAAUUCCUUCAUCCCUUUUUACACUCCCAUCAUUGGAGAUGAUUUCGCUUGAAGACAACCAGUUUAGUAAACUAGAUGAAUUCUUCAAUGUGUCUUCCUCUAUAUUAAAGAUCCUUGAUUUAAGUACCAAUUAUCUAUCAGGUCCUUUUCCAAUAUCCAUCUUUCAGCUAAAAUCACUAUCUCACCUUGAUCUUUCCUUUAACAAGUUCAAUGGAUCACUUCACCUAGAUAAGUUUUUCGAGCUAAAAAAUUUAAAUUUCCUAGACAUUUCAUACAACAAAUUAUUUCUUAAGGGGAAUCCAAUAAAUGUUGAACCUUCUUUGUUUCGAGCAAUUAUUCUAAGGUUGGCAUCCUGCAACUUGAAAACUUUCCCUAGUUUCUUGAUGAACCAGUCAACAUUGGUCUUUCUAGAUCUUUCAAAUAACCAAAUUCAAGGAGUACUGCCCAAUUGGAUUUGGAAACUACAAAGUCUUAAAAAACUUAACAUUUCACACAAUUUGCUUACUGAAUUGGAAGGACCUCUAACAAAUCUAACUUACAUCCUUAUAGUUGAUCUUCAUAACAACAAACUAAAAGGGCCAAUACCUGUUUUUCUUAAAUAUGCUACCUAUUUAGAUUACUCGAUGAACAAAUUUAGCUCUACUAUCCCACAAGAUAUUGGCAAUUAUGUAUCUUUCACAAAUUUUAUCUCUCUUUCAAACAAUAAUUUUCAUGGAAGUAUACCUAGUUCCUUAUGCCAAGCUUCACGUCUUCAACUGCUUGAUCUUUCCUUCAACAACAUUUCUGGAUCAAUUCCCUCAUGUUUAAUGACAAUGACUGAGACCCUUAAGGUAUUAAAUUUGAGGGGGAACAGUCUGCAAGGUCCAAUCCCAUAUAAGUUUCCAGCUUCUUGCUCUUUACAAACUUUGAACCUCCAUGGAAAUCUAUUACAUGGGUCAGUUCCCAUGUCUCUUGCUCAUUGCUCCAAAUUAGAGGUACUAGACAUCGGAACAAAUCAGAUUGUUGGUCAAUUUCCAUGCUUUCUGCAGAACAUACCCACACUUAAGGUCCUAAUACUACGGCACAACAAAUUUCAUGGUACCUUGGGAUGUUCAAAAGCAAAAAAUCCAUGGAAAAUGAUUCAAAUCGUGGACAUUGCUUUCAAUAAUUUUAGUGGUAAACUACCAAAAAAUUAUUUCAGAACCUUGAAAAAAAUGAAGGAUGACAAUGAUAAUGUUGAACCAGACAUUAUCCGGUCUGCGAUAUAUAAUGUAUAUUAUCAGGAUAGUGUGACACUUGUGAGUAAAGGUCAACAGAUGGAGUUAGUAAAAGUUCUAAAAAUCUUUAUAGCCAUUGAUUUCUCAUCCAAUCACUUUGAAGGACAAAUACCAGAAGAUCUAAUGGAUUUGAAAGCACUAUAUGUUCUCAACUUGUCUAACAAUGCUUUCUCUAAUGAAAUUCCAUCAACUAUUGGGAGCCUGAAACAGUUAGAGUCCUUGGAUCUUUCAAAUAACUCUUUGGUUGGUGAAAUUCCUAUGCAGCUUGCAAGCUUGUCAUUCCUUUCUUAUUUGAACCUUUCCUUCAAUCAUUUGGUUGGGAAGAUCCCAACAGGUACUCAACUUCAGUCAUUUCAAGCUUCUUCCUUUGAAGGAAAUUAUGGACUAUAUGGUCCUCCCUUGACUGAAAUACCAAAACGGCCAUAUGAUCCGCAUCCACAGCCAGCAUGUGGAAGGUUAGCCUGUUCAAUUGAUUGGAGUUUUUUAAGUGUGGAGUUGGGAUUUGUUUUUGGGCUAGGAAUCAUCAUUGGUCCCGUAAUGUUAUGGAAGCAAUGGAGGGUAAGGUAUUGCAAACUUGUGGAUAAAAUUCUUUGUUGGAUGUUUUCAAGGAUGUAUCUUGAAUAUGCAACUGAUAGAGGACAAACAUACACAGUUUUAAGGUGGUGAUAAUAUUAGAGCUACUCGUUGUGAUAAUUAUUAAAAUAAUGUUUUGUAUUUCCCUUUAAGUUGUACUUUGUGUUCACUACUUUUGUAUUUCCAUUUCUAGCAUGCUUAAAAUUGUAUUGGUUCUAUUUCCAA